UUUAUGACUAUUUAGCUUUUCAUUUAAUUAGUUAAGAUUUCUUCAUUAGUCAAAAGUCUAUUUUAAAUAAAAUGUGAUCUAAUUUAUGAUGUUCCACUUAUUGUAUUUUCCAUUUAAGAAAAUAUUCCUCCUUUUAUGUGACAAAAAGUUAACAGAGAUAAAAGAAAACCUCAUACUUUACAACCACUAUAUAUAGACAUACAAUCAUUACUACACCACAGUUAUUGAAAAUAAAAAUAUCAAACAGAAAACAUUGAUCAUGGGGAAGUUAUCAUGUUCUUAUUUUCUUGUAUUCACGAUUAUAUUUUCAGCGUGUUUAAUGGUUGAAAGAGCUGAAGGAAAAUAUUGUGAAAUAACCAUUGACAAAGAACAAACAUGCAUCCACUCCUUAUGCGUUCAAGACUGCUACGCGCUUUACAAUGGUGUUGCACAUUGUGUGGACGAUCCUGAAGUUCCCGGAUCUAAUCUUAACUGCCGUUGUAAAUAUAACUGUUAAAGGGAUGACUUUUGAAGAUAUGCGAUACAUAUAUUAAAUAAAUGUAAGGUUUCUUUAAUCGGAAUAAACAUUAUGGAAAUUUUAAUUAAUAUUUGCUAUUUUUCUU